UCAACUGAUCAUUUCGUCCAUGAAAUGUCAAAAGCUAAUGCAUCACAGUUUCCGUCACAGAUUCUUGGAGAGCUCUCAGGUGAUCUGCCAUCCCCAUUUAAUUCAACAUGCAGCUUCAACGAAUGUCCGAAAUCUGAAAACGCAUGCAUGAUGUGUGGCAUGACUCAGGAAGUGGUGAUGAAACAACAAAGGCAGCGAAAGCAGAAGUGCGUCUGCCACUGAUAGUCUGGCAGACACUGUCAACAGUAACAGGAGAGGCUGUGAUGUGAAGACGUGAUCAGAUUUCACACCUUCCCUCUGUCAAGAAUACUUCACAUUAAACAGCACCAGUGCCACCAUGACAGCCAACUGUUCUUUCCGUGACGUCGAUGAGCACAUGGAAUAUCUGGAGCUGGUCAUCUACAUACCUAUAUUCAUCUUUGGUCUGAUCCUGAAUGUUCUUGCUCUCUUGGUGUUCUGUGUCUUUCUGCAAAAACGGACUGAGUCGACCACAUACAUGACCAGCUUGGCGCUCAUGGACCUGCUCCUUCUCUUCCCUCUUCCCUUCAAAAUGCACGCGGCCAAUCACUUUUGGCCUGCCAAUCUCCAAACUCUCUGUUCAGUCUUGGAAAGCCUGUACUUUGUUGGGAUAUAUGGUAGCAUAUACACCAUCAUGUGUAUAGCCGUGGACCGAUGGGUGGCGAUCUGUCACCCUUUCAAAGCCAAGCAGCUGCGUUCACCCACAGCUGCUCUGGUGACCUGUGUGGGGGUGUGGGUGCUCGUGAUAGCAGUGCUCUCUCCAGUCAUCUACCGCUUCAGGGAGAACGGGCACAAAGAACUCCACUGCUUUCACAGGUUUUCAGAGAAGGGCUGGAGCCCUCAGGUGAUCAUCUGUCUGCAGGUGUUUGGGUUCCUGCUGCCUGCACUGGUGGUGGUUUACUGUUCAGUCCAGACCAUCUGGGCACUCCAGCAGUCCGGGCAGCACAGCCCUCAGAGCCGUGCCUGUGUGAAGAUCAUCUACAGCAGCCUGAGUGCCUUCCUGGUGCCAUUCACCCCGAGCCACCUCGCUAUCCUCCUGCAGUUCCUGGUGCACCAAGGACUAAUCCAGGACUGUGGCUCUAAGACCAGAAUCAGCCUGUUCAUACAGGUCGCCAUGUGUUUGUCAAAUAUCACGUGCUGCCUGGACGCUGUGUGCUACUACUUCAUCGCCCAUGAGGUGAGGAGCACCAAAAACACCUUCAGGAGGUCAGUGACCAGCCAAAGACGAGCCACCUUCAGCACGUCCGAGCUUUGAACACGGGACACACUUAACUGUUCUCCGUUAAAAUGAAACAAGAUCUGGCUCCUUGAGCUUUAAGCAGAUCAGGGACACUAAAGAAGAGUCCGUACAUUCAGUGGUUGAUGAGAAAGCGUGGCGUGCAGGAUACAGUAGGCGGGUGUACAGUGAGUGUUCCGUCCUUUUAACCGAGAAUCGUGAGAACGGCAAAGACAGAAGAGGAUUUGAUCUAGAGACAGGAAGCCUGUUGGUUCCUCUAUGACCUCAAACGGCUCAUAUUUGUCUGCAUCUUCUUAUUUCAUGAUUAUGUCAAACGCAAAAAUACAAUUGGCCAACUUCAGAUCGAGGACGCUGCGUCCAGGACCAAUCUGAUUCAAAAGAUACCGUUUAAGAGA